CAUGAUCUGUUUUGUACGUCUGCGACUAACAUUUUGUUUGACGUUCUUCUAACAAACUGCGUCUAAUACGCUGCCAUAAAUCUAGAGUUAAGAAAGAUCAACCAAUGGGGAUGAUGAUUUGCAGAGACUAAUUCUACAUCAAUGUCAAGAAAUUUCCCUUUCAGACAGAAAAUUUUUAAAAACAGAGAGAGAAGAAUUUGUACAGGGGAAAUCCUCACAGGAUACCUGCAUCUGCAUUUAAUUGUUGCAGUGGCACAACCUUUUUCGACGCAAUUUUUUCUGUAUUGCAUUUGUUUAAAUCCACCUCUGUGAGGCUUUAAAAUAUGUUUUAAGUCAAGUCUGCCAUUCCCUCCAUUUGCCUUGGAAACAGUAUUCAUGGCCUUUUUUAAAGAUUCAUUUUCAUCAGUAAAGUCACUUUUCUGAAGCUCUUUUCCCAUUUUAAAUUGGUUUGAUAAUGCUUUUUACCUUUAUUGGCCUGCAGUUCAUGGACUUUUAGCCUUUGGGUCUUUCGGGGAAGGAUUAAGGCCUGAGCUUGGAGAUUCUAUAGUUGUCUCUUGUAAAUGUGUCUCUUUAUUGUAAGGGUAUAGGUGUCUGUUUAUGCUGGAAUUGUCAUUGUCUGGUUUAUUUCCAGGCCCCCUGCCAAUCUGGAAGCAUGGGCAAGCAGAUAGGAAACAUAUAAAAGUGGGCCUCAGGCAUAAAUUAUCUUUCUUUGAAAAUUUCCGGUGAUGGGUCUUUGUAUAACUUCCCUGGACAGAAUUGAUGGUGACUGCAAUCAAUCUGAGGUGGAGUUGUAAACUUUCUGGAUAAGAGUCUAUAGCAGCUGCUCAAAAGCUAAAAAGAGGGCUUAUCAUGGUCAAUUUUAGUAAGUUGUGGAGAGGAUUUAUAAUUAAGUCACUUGUCAGUUGGGUUUUGUAAACAAGGCUUUGUCUGCUUUGCUGUUUAUUGGCAUGGGGAAUUGCAAGAAGUAAAAGUCCUCAGGGGAUUUAGAAUUUCAGCCAAAAUGCCUACUGUGUGGUUUUCUCUCAAAAAAUCCUUGCAUUGUAAAUCAGAGCCUGGGGAAGUACAUGACCCACAUAACUUGCAUGGACACAAACAUCACCUUACAGCAGUUGUUACAAGGAAAAAUCGCUCUGGCUGUUCCAAAUCAAUUGCAAAUCUCAAGGAUGUGAUUCAUGGCAACAGAAGAGUAGCAGAAAGGGCUCUUAGCUCAUGCAGUCCUAGGUCAAUUGGCAGCAGUGAAUUCUUACAUCCCAUGUCACAUGAAGUCAUUGUGAACAACUCAAGAUGUGAAUUGAAGAUAACUGGGUUGGCAGGCUACAAUGGCUCUAAUACUGUCAUUGGGACUCUUAGGCCAGGAACCCCAGGCCCUGGGACACCAUCUUAUAGGAGGGUUGCAGCUUGUCAUAGCAGUAGUGAGUUUAGCUUUGCAGAGUAUGCUCCUGGUUCAUUUAACAACACUGCUCCUUCCACUCCUCGUUUCUCUAAUGACUCUGAAAAGGAGCUAAGCAGCAGGGCGUCCUGUCAGAAAUGUGGAGAAAAGUAUGCGAAGUUGGAAGCUCUUGAAGACCAUCAUAUUGCAAAACAUGCUGUCACUGAACUUUUGGAAGGGGAUUCAUCUAGAAAUAUCGUGGAGAUAAUCUUCAGAACGAGCUGGAUGAAAACUGAGAAUCCAUGUGGAAGGAUUGAAAGAGUUCUGAAGGUGCACAACACGCAGAAAACACUUACCAGAUUUGAGGAAUAUCGUGAAAUGGUGAAGGCUAAAGCAAGUAAGUUCCCCAAGAAGCAUCCUAGAUGCUUAGCAGAUGGUAAUGAACUUCUGAGAUUUCAUGGCACCACAAUCAUGUGUUCUUUGGGUAUGAAUGGAUCAUCUAGCUUGUGCAACUUAGAAGGAUGCAAUGUUUGUAGAAUCAUCAGGAAAGGAUUUUCCAUGAAAAAGGAGGCAGGUGGCAGGGGAAUAUACACUACAGCCACCAGUGGCAGUGCUCAUGACUCUAUUGCUUUGUGUGAGGAUGACUUGAUGUUCCCUGUGAGGAAGGCUUUGUUGGUAUGCAGGGUUAUUGCAGGGAGAGUUCACAGGCCUUUGGAUAACUUCGAAGAAUUCUCAACUCCUACUGGUUUUGAUUCUGUUGCAGGAAAAGUUGCUCUCCUUUCAAAUGUUGAAGAGCUGUUUUUGUUGAAUCCUAAAGCCCUUCUCCCAUGCUUUGUUAUCAUUUGCAAUUCUUGAAGGACACCCAUCUAUUCUUGAAACAGAGAGACCACAAUCAUUCUCUUCCAUGAAUCUUGUCUUUAACAUUUGAUUUUUUGUUAUGUUCCUUUUCUGAUUAAUUUCCCCUCCAUAUCCAAUUUCAAAUGUAUCAUUCUUGAAGGUCAUUUCCCCAAAACAUCCCAUCUCCUCACCUAGAAAGAAAUUCAUUUUGAAACUGUUUUAGUCUUAGGUCUUGACAUGUGUUUAUGAGACUUGCUGCUAUUUCUCAAUUCGAUUGUGUUUGUAUUUUUGCAUCAACAUUUUGAAUCACACUCUGUGGUCCAUCGUCAAGAUGAUAGAGAGCUCAAGGAGUUUAUGAGUUCAAACCUUACCAAUCAUGGUUAUCUCCUGUGCGCAGCCAUUUACUGUUUUGGAAGGGUAACUUAUUUGUUUGAGAAGCUCAAAGUUUGUCUGUUGACAAGCCAAACCUCUCUGACAACAAUUAAAAGUAACCCUGGCCUUUCACAUGUGAUGGAGAUCCCUUUCUACCCUAUCUGCCAGACAGAGUCUCUUUUACUUUUCUAGUUCCUACGAUUUUUUAACCCUAGUUCUGCCUUUUUUUUAAAAGCUUUGGUGGCAGUUGGAGGAAGUGAAGAAUGCCAAGGUUGAUAUGUACAUUCUAUCUGUUUUGUUCACAGCAUCUUAAUUAAAACUUGUUUCAUCCCAA